UUUCCCUUUGUUGGUUAACUUUUGAAAGCUACCAUGGAUGCUGUUGUGACUCUGGACCAAGUUCCUCGAUGGAGUCAUGUAGAUCUAAGAUGUUCGUAUCAAACCGAAGACCCGAGAUUACAUUUUCGAGACCCGUUAACUGUAUAUUCUGAGGCUGAGAGGAGUGGGAAUGGUAUGGUCUCUAGAUUUCCAGUUGAUCAUGAAAUAAACUCCAAGAUUUAUUUGUGGAGAGGAACCCCUUGGAAUCUGGAAGUUGAUGCUGUUGUCAACUCCACAAACGAGAACAUGGAUAAAGCACACUGCAGCCCUGGUUUGCAUGCUGCAGCUGGGCCUGGUCUUGCUGAAGAAUGCGCGACGAUGGAUGGCUGCAGAACAGGGAUUGCGAUAGUAACUAAUGCAUAUGAUUUACCUGCCAGGAAGAUCAUACAUACUGUCGGCCCCAAAUACGCUGUAAAAUAUCAUACUGCUGCAGAAAAUGCUUUGAGUCACUGCUACCGUUCUUGUCUAGAACUUCUCGUUGAGAACGGACUUAAAAGCAUUGCCAUCGGCUGUAUAUACACUGAAGCAAAACAUUAUCCACGGGAACCAGCCGCUCAUGUAGCAAUAAGAACCAUCCGUCGGUUUCUUGAGAAACAAAAGGAUAAAAUCACAGGCUUAGUUUUCUGCAUAAAUACAGAAAAUGAUACCGAUAUAUAUAAGAGAUUGCUUCCGCUUUACUUUCCCCGUGACAAACACGAGGAAAAAAUUGCGAUUACAAAGCUUCCUGCUGAUGUUGGUGAUGAAAAUGGCGAAACGAUUAUAGAUGAAAGAAAAAUAAGAAUAAAACCAUUACCCAACAUGAAAAAGACCGUUUCAAAACCUCCGCAAGCCUCAGUAGACGUUCCCGCCAGUGAUCGUAGAUUGGUUAGACGGAACUCUUCAUAUUUGGAUUCAUAUCUUGAUCCAGCUUUCAUGUCUCUAAUCAAGGAUCCAGAUCAGCGACAUAAGGAACGUUUAAAGAAAACUUCUCAAGCACAAAACGGGUUUAAUUUCGCUAAACUUCUAGGCUUUGGUGAUGUCGGUGGGCCCCCACUUUCAGCUGCUGAAGAAUACUCACUACAUUCUAGUCACCUUGCCAAAGCUAACUCUCUUAAUCUUUCUGAAAUAGCAGAAAUGAAAAUUGUGUACCGAGGAGGAGUAGAUAACGACGGUCGUCCAGUCAUGGUUGUAGUUGGUGCACAUUUUCUUCUUCGAUGUCUAGAUCUUGAGAAAUUUGUACUUUACGUAAUAAAGGAGUUUGAACCCUUGAUCCAGAAGUCAUAUACAAUUGUUUACCUCCACUCUGCUGCAUCAUUACAAGUGCGACCAGAUCUCGGAUGGAUGAGGAAAUUACAACAAAUACUUGGUAGGAAAAGCCAGCAUAAUCUUCAUGCUAUCUAUGUCCUGCACCCAACCUUUGGACUAAAGGCUGCAGUAUUCGCAAUGCAACUUUUAGUAGAUGGAACGGUGUGGAAAAAGGUUAUAUAUGUUGAUCGGCUUCUUCAUCUCUUCAGAUACGUUCCUCGUGAGCAGCUAACCAUCCCGGACUUUGUUUUCCAGCAUGACCUAGAGGUGAAUGGAGGGAAGGGGAUGGUCGUGGAUCCAAGAAGAAAGUAUGCGUAUCAACGACCCUAGUUGAAGUUUGUAAUGCGUUCGUUUCUAGUUUUUUGGUCAUUUGUUGUUUAGUACUUAGCGGUUGUGAUUGUAAAUCUGUUUAUCGUAAAUCUGUUUAGCAGUUAGUAUGUUUAGUGCUACAUUGAUCUCUCUCAAAAAAAUAUGUUACAAGACUAACUAACCACCGACGAGGCUAACGGU